AUGGCUCAAAUGAUUCGAAAUUCUGCCUUGAGCGCAUUGAUCCGCAUAUGUCUUCACGGGCAUUACUGGCCUCAUCAUCCCGGCGAUCUUGAAAAGGCUGGAAGUAACUCGGUCAGGGCGACGAGCCGGGCUGAUGAGAACGAGAAAUCGGUGCACCUUGUUGGUUGGGACGGCCCGGACGACGUCGAAAAUCCACUCAACUUCUCCGGCGUGAAGAAGGGUGUGAUCACGGCACUGACUUGUGUCUACACAUGGGCAAUCUAUGUCGGCUCUUCGAUCUACACAUCCAGUCAGCCUGGCAUCGAGUAUCACUUUGGCGUGGACAAUUUCCAAUCGUCCUUCGGUCUCGCCAUCUACGUCCUGGCAUACGGUCUAGGGGGUCUCUUGUUCUCGCCGCUCUCUGAGGUGCCAUCGAUCGGACGCAAUCCCCCUUAUGCAAUCUCCGGAGCCCUCUUUGUCGUCUUGUGCGUCCCAACGUCGCUGGUUGACAAUUAUGCGGGGCUCAUGGUCCUCCGAUUCCUGUUAGGCUUCAUGGGAUCCCCUUGCCUGGCCACCGCCGGGGCAACGCUUGGCGAUAUCUGGGGCCCGGCUCUAUUCCCAUACUUCAUCGGGCUGUGGGCGUGCACGACGGCCUUGGGACCGGCCUUGGGACCGAUGUUGUCGUCCUUUGCUGUCGAGUCUCUGGGUUGGAGAUUCUCCAGUUGGGAGCUCCUCAUCAUUUCGGGCUCCGUCUUCGUCGUCUUUGUCGCCUUGGUUCCAGAGACGGCGGCACCAACCAUCCUGUAUUACCGGGCGAAGCGACUCAGAGAGUUGACAGGUGAUCAAAGGUACAUGUCAGAGGAAGAGAUCAAACAAGCGAAGCUCACGGCUGGUCAGCGGCUGUGGGGUUCAAUCAUCAAGCCUUGGGAAGUCAACGUCAAAGACCCGGCUCUGUUGUUCAUGACCUUGUACAUGGGUUUGAUCUAUGCGAUUGUCUACUCUUUCUUCGAGUCAUUGCCCCUUGUCUAUCCGCCAAUUUACGGGUUCUCGCCAAGUUCCACGUCCCUCAUCUGGCUAGCAGUCGUUCCUGCCGGAGCGAUCGGCUUCCCACUCCACUGCUUCUGGCUGUCCAAACGUGUCGAACCCAAAAUCCGGGACCAAACGUUCGGCGAUCUGGAGAAUUUUCUCGAAACCGGCGUCGCCGCCAGCCUUUUGAUGCCAGCAUCUUUGUUCAUGUUCGCAUGGACAGCUAGACCCUCUAUCCACUGGAUGGUUCCCACCGUUGCCAUCUUCCUCUACAUGGUCGCGCAGUAUUUUCUGACCAACUCGGUCUUUUUGUACAUUCCGGCCAUCUAUCCGCGCUAUGCAGCGAGCAUCUUUGCAGCAAACAGCGUGGCGAGGGCCCUUUUGGCGUUCGUCGCGGUGCUGGUGGGACGACCGAUGUUCAAGGGUAUUGGUAUCGAUGGAGGUGUGAGCUUGUUGGGAGGCCUUACAGCAGUUUGCGCUGCCCUGUUGGCGGGGCUGUAUUGGAGCUGGGGGAAGAGAUUGAGGGCGAGAACCCUUGGAUUGCGGCAGAAAACUCCAAAUGUUACCGCUAUUUCGUUGAAUCCCAGAGUAGUCGCAACAGACAUGCUCCAGGAUAAAUAUGCCUAUUUGGCCAUCGACAAAGCCGAGUUGACUGGUGCGUUUUGCGAGUGGCUUGUUACAGAUAAGGCUUCGUUUCUGAACGGAAAGUAUGCCAGCGUCCGCUGGGACUUCGAGGAACCCUAUCAACGAAAGGAUGAGUUCAUGAAUAACAAAGAUCUGACUAUGGACUUGACAGAGGCAUUCAAACCUGAACAGCCCUACAAACAUGAAGAGGUCAUCUGGUCUGCGCAGAUGACAAGCAUUCAUCAUCAGAAAUCGGAUCAGGAUUCAUUCUCGCCGACCUUUGGAAUCUUGAACUAA